AUGAACAGCCUCAGACUGCGGCAUAUCGAAAAUGCGCUAAACAGCUUCAACUUCCUGUCCCCCCUGGACAUCUACAUGCGCCUGUACUUCAAGGGGAACAACAUAAAGAGCAAGGACAAGCCGUUCAUCUCGGAGCAUGUCUACAACAUAAUGCGGAAUAAGACGCUCCUUUCAUAUCUGUCCGCCCCCUCUCCGCUCUACACCAACGUGGUUAAGACGUACUUUUCCUCGGACAAAUGGAAGUACGAAAUGAACAACAAGAAUAUUCCUGCACACGUGCGGUACUCAUUCCCGAAGGAGCUCUACGAGCAGUUGGUGAACUGUUACGGAGAAAAGAAAAGCCACACGCUUAUGUCCAUCCUCAACGAAAAGGCACCAGUCUUCCUACGAGUCAACACAAAUAAAAUCUCACGAAACGAUCUCUACAAACUUCUAAUGAGCAAAGGAGUGUCUGUCGAAAAAUGCGUAAACUCUCCACAAGGAUUGUUACUAACAAAAAGCUAUGUUCUAAAAAAUAAUUACGAAUAUAAAAAGGGUUAUUUCGAAAUGCAGGAUGAAGCUAGCCAAAUAGUUAGCUCGAAGAUACCUGUCCAGCCAGGAUACAAGGUACUCGAUUUCUGUGCAGGGUCAGGGGGAAAAACAUUGGCUUUUUCACCAAAAAUGGAUAACACAGGAAAGAUAUACCUUCAUGAUAUACGAGAUAAAAUGCUAUCACAAGCGAAAAUUCGACUCAGGAGAGCAGGUAUUCAGAAUUAUAUCCUUCUCAAUAGCAAUCACAUUUUGCUGAAGAAGUUAUUUGGAUAUAUGGACACGGUCAUCGUGGAUGUCCCCUGCACCGGAACAGGUGCCUUAAGGAGGAACCCAGAAAUGAAACACAAGUAUACCAACAACAAGCUCUACGAUUAUGUGAAUCUACAGAGACAGAUCUUCCAGCAGGCUCUACUUUAUGUGAAGAAGAAUGGAAAGAUUGUUUACAUCACAUGUAGCAUUCUGGAUGCAGAGAAUGUUCACCAGGCAAAGUAUUUUUGUGAGAAGCACAACUUAUUUUUAUCCGAGCCUCCAUUCCAUUCUUUGCCGCAGUCCAAGUCUAUGGAUGGUUUUUUCUUGGCUAUAUUUGAGCGGCGGGACUGA